AUGGAACCAGUCGAAGCUAGUCAAUCAGGUGAUUAUUUAUCAUUCUACACUCAUCCAUCAGCAUCAAUGAAAAUACCAAACUUUAAUCUUUUUGAUACAGUGACAGCUGCUGAAAUAUAUGAUUCAACUGUUAAUUCACUAUCCAAUGGUAAUAAUAAAACUAAUCUUCAUCAUACUGGACAACAUAUCUAUUCCACAAAUAAUGAUUAUACUUCUUCUAUUUCAAUAUCAAAUGGAUAUUGGUCGUAUUCAACGCAACCAUAUUUACCACAUACAACAAGACAAUAUAUGGUCAAUCAAGCAUCUUCAGCAUCAGCGUCUGAUACAAGUUCAUUACCUACUGAACAAGCUUUAUCCUAUUAUACACAUGAGUCUUAUUCAUAUAUGCAAAAAAUGAGUGGAAAUUAUCCAAAUAAUUCCGUAAAUCGAAUAAUUUGGUUCUGGAUCAUUUUGAUAUUGCCACAUCGUCAUCCUCAGAAAAUAUUUCAAUUCUACUUUGUUCAUAUUUGUGUUAUUUCUGUUAACAUUCUCAUUCGUUUGGGUGGACCGCCUAGUCAAUCAACAAUUCUUCGUAUGACAAUGUCAUCUAUCUGUAUCGCCUACAGCACUUUUGUUCAUCAUCGACGAGAGACCAAUAAUAGAAUUGAAGAAAUACGUCGAAAUGGUGUUUUGAACCCAGCAGCAAACUUUAAUCCAAGUAGCACGGCAUCAAUUUCAGCAACUAUCAAUUCAUCCUCAACAACAACUCAAAAUAUAUCAACAUGGACUAUCAACGAAAACCAAGCCAAUAACGACGGAUGUACAUGUGUUAUCUGUAUGAACACAUAUUCAAAAGGUGAAACUGUCAAUGGCUUGCCACAUUGUACUCAUUUCUUUCAUCGUAAAUGUAUUCAAGCAUGGUUAGUUGGAAGCAAUGCACAAGAUGCGCAUGCAACAACUGUUAGAAGAUGA